AUGCAAUUUCUCAUUCUUUCUUUCUUUUUGUUACCUUUUCAAUUCAUUUCUGCUGCUCCACAAAAUGAAGAGCUUACUGUAAGUUUCAGCUUCAAAUUUUUAUAUACAUUUUCCAAAAAUUUUUUCAGUCACUUCCAAAUUUGACCGAACCAUUCAGAUCAAAACAUUAUAAUGGAUAUUUGCCAAUUAGUGAUCAAAAACAACUGUUUUAUUGGUAAUUUUCUAGAGUUUUAUUCUCAACUCAAUUUUUUUCUGUCUUGUAGGUUCGUUGAAUCUGAAAAUGAUCCAUCAAAUGAUCCUUUAAUCUUAUGGCUCAAUGGUGGACCAGGUUGUGCAUCGAUGGAGGGGCUAUUUAUUGAAAUGGGACCAUUUAGAGUUAGAAAUUAUGGAGAGAAGGUUGAUAGAAAUCCAUGGACUUGGAAUAGAGUACGUUUUUUUAGAGCUUUAUCUGCAAAGACAUGUUUUUUUCUCAGAUUGCUAACAUAAUUUAUUUGGAUGCUCCAGCUGGUGUUGGAUAUUCUUACUAUAACUCAAAUAAUUUGACCUAUACUGAUGAUCAAGUUGCGAGUGAUAAUUUUGAUGCGUUGGCAUUGUGGUUCAAGGUAUGGAUUUUUUUUAAUUUGCAUUUUUUAGAGCCUAGAAUUGGGAUAGGAACCCAAAAUCUGUCAGAUUACAAAAUUUAAAAAAUAUUAAUUUCAUAAUUCUGAAUUUUCUGCUUAAUUUUUGACCUUUUUGAGACCAAAAUUUUAAAUUUUAAUCUCAGAAUUUGAAAAACCAAAGUCAAGACACUCUCAUAUUCGAAUUCUUGAUGGCCCUGAAACCUCCGGCAUUAUCUCCAAACUGAAUUGUUUCCCAGCGCUUCCCUGAAUUUGCAAUCAACUCAUUCUACAUUGCCGGUGAAUCCUACGCUGGAACAUAUGUACCAAUGCUAUCUGCAAAAAUCACCAAUUCAACAUCUUUCCCGAAUUUCAAAGGAAUGCUAAUUGGAAAUGGCUGCCUUGAUGAUAAAAUCAAUUUCAAUGCAGAUAUUAUGUAUCAAUAUUAUCAUGGUUUGAUCGAUGAAACGUGAGAUUUAGCCUAUAUAUUUGCCCCUUUACCUUUACUUAAUUUCAGACAAUUCCAAGGAGUGUUGAAUUCUUGCUGUGGAUCGUCUAUAGAUUGCAACUUCUACAAAUACACCGCAGAUCAAUAUCAAAAUACAACCUGUGGACAGAGUAUUGAAAAUAUGAGUUAUGCUAAAUACUACGCUGGAUAUGAUCCAUAUUUUCUAUAUUUUGCGUGUUAUUUGAAUCCUGAUCUUCCAUAUCCACCACAUGAAGAGAUUCAAAGACUACAAACACAAAGAUUGAUGAUGAAAAAGUUCAAUCAAAAUAUGAGAACACCUUCGGUUAGUCAUUUUCAAAGAGGAAACUUUGAUUUUCAUUAAUAUUUUCAGAUUGAUAUUGCUGGCCAACCUGAUUGUGCCUCCCACGAUGAUCAUAUUCCAUACCUGAAUACUCUAGAAGUUCGAGCUGCUUUAAGAAUUCCAGAUUAUGUUCCAGCCUAUGCCAUGUGCAAGUAUGUUUUUUUAGUUUAUAAAGAUACACCACCAAACCACAAAUAUUUAGCUAUAAAAUCGGAGAAGUCUACGUUUCCCAAUACACGACUAUGACAGAUUUUUUCAAUACAGUAAUCAAUGCUAAAAAACGUGUAACUCUGUUUAACGGAGAUGCUGAUACACUUUGUAACGUUGUGCAGAAUGCCCAAUUUUUGAAGUUGAAUUUGAAUCGAACACUUAUUUUUGGAGCCACUUCCUAUCAUGAUCCAGUUCAAUUGCCAACAUCAAUUGGAUUGUGGACAAAAUAUGAUGGUUAGUAAAUUUACAGGGUGGUUGGGAUAGGAAUUUUCGAGGUUUUGAAAAGUUUUGAGAACUCGUGAGAAAAUCAAAAAUCUUGGAAACAUUUUCUGGCACAAAAUUUUCAGCAUUACAACAACUAAAUUAAUUUCUAGAAACAUUCUGAAAACAAAUUUCUGAACCAGAAAUUUUUUUUUAGUUUUUUGUGAUAACUCAAAAGAUUUUGUUUAGCUUUUUCCGCUUAGGUUAGUGAAACCUCUAAAAAAUUUCGAGAUUUACAAAAGUAUCAUAAACAAACCUGGAAUGUAAAAUCGAAAUUUCGAAAUAAAAAAAAAUGAAUUCAAAAUUGAAAAAAAUCCCUUCAAAAAGGUCUUCAAAAAAAAUCAAUGAAUCCCCAGCUUCAUUAGUUAUUCCAAAUCUCCAAUCACAAAAAAACCAAUAAUUUUCCAGGCGUCGAAUUGGUAACAAUCAAAGGAGGUGGUCAUUUCCCAGCGGCAACCGAGCAAAAACCAAAAGAAACCUUCCAAAUGUUCCAAAACUUUGUUCGAAAUCAAAACUACAGUACACCAGUUGAAUUUGACAAAAAAUAUAUUCCAGCUUCUUCAUCCAUCAGUUUCUCAUUUUUCGCUUUAAUUGCACCAUUCUUCUUUUUAAUCUAA